UGUUUUCGGACCUCUUUUUGACUGUUUAUCGCUUUAGAGGGGAAAGAGCGCAGUGUCCCGAACAGUGAGAGCCACCCUUUUCGCACUGUUUCGGUCCAGCGGACAGAACAACAACACAAAUUGUGUAUUCGAAGCUGUCAUUGAGGUAUGUUUCAGCAAUCAAAUUGUGUCUCGUGUGAUUGAAUCCAUUGGAGAGCAUAAGAUGAUUCACUUCCUAAUGGUCGCUGGUAAGCAAGGGAAGCCCAGAAUUGGUCGAUUCUUCACGCAUCAGAAGGAGCAAAUAUCCACACAGACUGCGGUCAUCAAACUCUGUCUCCGGGACGGGAAGGAGGAGGGCUUUGUUAAUUAUGAAGACAUGACGCUGGUCUACAAACUGUAUGUGAAUGUGUGGUUCAUUGUAGGAGUCUCCCAUGAAGAGAAUGAGCUGGCCAUGUUUGAACUGUUCCAAAAUUUGGUGGAGACUUUGAAGACAUACCUAGGAAAAGUGACUGAGGUGGAUGUAUCCUUGUUUCAAAAGCUUAAGGUCAUUGGGCUUCAGAUCAUAUUAUAUUCAAUAUGGACCGAGUUUACAUGAUCAUUGAUGAGAUGAUAAUUGACGGACAAAUCGCAGAGACAUGUAGCAGUAGAAUUCUGGUACCACUUCAGCUGAUGGACGCCGCUAAAUGAAGGGGUGACUCCACCUGCCUUAGCACUUGUGCACGGUAGCAAUGAACGAUAAAACUGCUGCACCAAACACCCGGUACCAUUUACACCGGAGAUAGAGCACCUGUUGUCCAUCAAGAGAACAAAGAGUGUGUCCUGUAUAAUGCUGGUGUUAACAGAUUAAAGAAAUAAUUGACUAUUUCAAUUCUCUAUGUACAUUUACUUCUAACGUUUACAGAACCUUGUGAAGACUUUUUAGAUACAUGUAUGUACAAUGUACAAUAAAUGAUAGUCAACAAUUAA